AUUAUACUUGCAAAUUAUUCACUAUAAGCAAGCCUUUUCUCAUGUUAGCUAUGUUAUGUUCUUCAUUCGGUUUCUCAUUUUCCCCCUUUUUUCCUGGAGUGUUUUCAGUUUUCUCACCCUUCACCUCCUUCUCCGUGUGAUUUCAAGCUCUGGAUUCUGUGUUUUGCUGCAAAAAGCUCCAUUUUUUCUGAGUAGGCAAUUCCUUGCAUGCUUCAAGCAGAUAAGUAGCUUUAAAUCCUUAUUUGUGAGCCUGUAAGGUUUUUGUUUCAGUUUUUCUCUGGAAAGUUUGAACCUUUUUCUUCUGGGUAUGUUUUGAAACUGUUUCCCUCUAUUGGGGUGGUGAGUUUUUCUUUGUUCUGGAUUCUGGAAUGAUGUUUUGGAAAUUGGAGAAGGAUUUUUGUUAGAUUGAUGGCUGUUUUUGCUUAAAGAUCUGUGGAUUAGGUGAAUAGUAUAAGAAAGAUUUGGUUUUGUGUAGGGUUUGAUGUGUAAUGGGUUCAUUGGUUUGAUCUGGGUUUGUUGUUUUGUGAGAACCAAUGGAAGGGAAUUUGUCACAGGGGGGAAUAAUUCAAGGUGGGAGUUCUUUUGGUGGUUUUGAUUUGCCAGGAUCAAUUCAGGUUCAUCAUCAUCAGGGACAGCAUCCUCAUGCCAUGCAGCAACAUCAGACUCAUCCAUGUCAAGGGUCUUCUGUGCAUGUUCAUGAUGGUUUUCCACUUACAAUGGGAACCUUACAGAGCAGCUGUGAUCCAACCCUUUCGAUGUCGGACUUUGGUAAGGGGGAAAGAGGCAAAAACUCGACGAGUGAGGAAGAUGAGCCGAGCUUUAAUGAGGAUGGUGUUGAUGGUCACCAUGAAGGGGUUAGAGGUAAAAAGGGAUCGCCUUGGCAGCGGGUGAAGUGGACUGAUAAGAUGGUAAGGCUCCUGAUAACGGCUGUUUCUUAUAUGGGUGAGGAUAUAACUUCCGAAGGUGGUGGCGGCGGUGGAAGAAGGAAAUUUGCAGUGCUACAGAAGAAGGGUAAGUGGAAAUCUGUUUCCAAGGUCAUGGCUGAAAGGGGUUAUCGUGUUUCACCUCAGCAAUGUGAGGAUAAGUUCAAUGAUCUUAAUAAAAGGUAUAAAAAGCUUAAUGAUAUGCUAGGGAGGGGUACUUCUUGUCAGGUUGUUGAGAAUCCUGCGCUUUUGGAUGUAAUAGAGUUUCUUUCGGAGAAAGAAAAGGACGAUGUUCGAAAAAUAUUGAGCUCGAAACACUUGUUCUAUGAAGAGAUGUGCUCUUACCAUAAUGGUAAUAGAUUGCAUUUACCCCAUGAUCCUGCAUUGCAACGUUCUCUGCAGAUAGCUCUCCGAAAUAGAGAUGACCAUGAUAACGAUGAUAUCAGAAGGUCCCAUCAUGAUGAUCACGACGAAGAUGAGCAAGAAGUGGAAAUGGAUGAUCAUGAUGAUUUUAAAGAGAAUUGUUCCUCCCAUGGUGAUAGUAGAGGAAUGUAUGGACCAUUAGGCGGAUCUAUGAAGAAAUUGAAACAGGUCCAAGUCCAGGAAGAUGCUAAUACAUUUGGUAAUUCUGUAAAUGGUCAAGGCUACAACAAAAGUUCACAUCCCCAUGGACAGGUGGUCCAUUCUGAUGUUAAUCAAGUUUUACCUGAAGGCAUGAGAGCAGCUUGGUUACAAAAGCAAUGGGUUGAAUCUCGCUCACUUCAGUUAGAAGAGCAAAAGGUACAGCUUCAGGUUGAGAUGUUGGAACUAGAGAAACAGAGACUCAAGUGGCAGAGGUUUAGCAAGAAAAAGGACCGCGAGUUGGAAAAGCUGAGUCUAGAAAAUGAAAGAAUGAAGCUUGAAAAUGAACGUAUUGCUUUAGAACUGAAACGAAAAGAAAUGGGCGCCGGCUUAAACUAGAUGCAGGUAUGGAUGAAGAAAGUAGGCUAUUAUUGUGGGCAUAUGGAGGUGGAGUUCUUAUUUCCAUAUGGAUGCGGUAAGUGAGUGAUAUUUGCUCUUCGAUUGAAGUUGUGACUGUGAGAGAUGAUCUUUUUGUAUUAGUCUUGACAGAUAUAGAUACAAGCAUUCUACUUGUUAUGCCUGAUUUGGAGCUAACUGACCUCUGUUCAAGAAUGUUUGACCAGUUUCUAUCAGUGCUUUAGCGUUGUGCAGACUGCAGAGUCCAAUGAUUGCAAGGGAGAGAUGUUUUUUGUUUGUUUAGUAAUUGAUAAAAUUAUUCUUUACAAUUUCGGUUUAAAAAAAGCCUGCAAAUGGAACUUUGAAUAAUAUGUCUAAAAUUGAUGGCUUUUAAUUGGUAGUAACUUAAUUUUGCUAGUUAAAUAUA